CAAGAGUGACUCAGUUCAUGUCAGAGAGGAGCUUUAUCGCUGUAGUGUAAAACCGUUUGAUGUCUGUUGGGGGAGUGGGCGAGAGCAAAGAUUCUCUCAUUAUUAUAAUACCAUUUGAACACUUGCCUGGUGCGUUCACUUUAUUAUAAGGACUUGCAGGGAGGAAAACACAUAUACAGCUUUUUAAAACGUUGCUGUAGGAAUAUUAAGAUGGUAAUUCGAGUUUUUAUCGCUUCUUCAUCUGGCUCUGUUUUGAUCAAGAAAACACAACAGGAUGUGGUGGGGUUCCUGGAGGCCAACGGGAUUGAGUUUGAAGAGGUUGAUAUAACCAUGGUGGAGGAGCAGAGAAUGUGGAUGUAUAAACACAUACCCAAAGAGAAGCUUCCAGCUAAGGGGAACCCGCUCCCACCACAGAUAUUUAAUGAUGAACACUACUGUGGGGAUUAUGAAGCUUUCUUUGACUCUAAGGAGAACAAUACAGUCUCUUCAUUUCUAGGACUGAAUCCCAGAGCUUCGGUAAAGGAUUCAGAAUCUUAGGUUUUCCACGCCUGGGAUUCAAGCCACCACACAAGAAGUUAUUGACAUUCCUGCAUUACAUCACAUCCCAAUCCUGAUCUUUCACAGAGCUAUCGCUGCUGCUUUGCCAAAUGUCGCUGCAUUAUUUUUGCUUAUCAGCUUACUUUUUGAUUGAAUUGUGUAACCUGAAGUGAUGUAAUACUUGCUACCAACCUUCAACUGAACAUGACUGAGUUCACUUCUCUUCCAUGGACCAAGCAAAUUAAACCGCAUAUUCACAUUUUUGUUUAAAUUAUUAAUGGAAACCAAAUGGGUAUGGAAAGCACAAAUUGCUAAAUGAGAUUAUCAACUGCAUUAACACAUCAGAAGGGGAAGGGUUGAAGCAUUAUAUACACUCGCAUAGGGGGGCUCCCGAGUUUCGCAUCCAGUAAAAGCGCUCCACGUGGAGUGCAGGAUGUGCCCGAUAGCCUGGAGAUCGCUGGUUCGAGUCCAGGCUGUGUCACAGCUGACCAUCACCGGGAUUUCCUAGGGGGUAGCUCACAAUUGGCCGAGCGCUGCCUGGGUAGGGAGGGCUUAGGUCAGCAGGGGAAUCCAUGGCUCGCUGCG